AUGAAGAUUCUUGUGAUUUCACUAAUACUUAUCGUUGUUUCUGUCUGUUUUGCCGAUAUUACAAUCUACCGUGGUACAGCAUGUGGUUGGGCUGAACUCACAACAUCUAGUCCCAUUUUGUGCAAUGGAUCAGAUCCACGUCAUAAAUGUCCUUCAGGUUAUUCACGUCAAAUAUUUACAGAUGGUGGGGCGUACUGUUACAAAAACAAUACAACUACUAGUAAACAAAAUGGUAUACCGGGGACUUUAUGUGGUGGUCUGGCACGUACUUUGUGUGGUGGACUCAGUCCAAAUAAAGAGUGUCCUAAAGGAUACACACAAGAUUUUCGUUACAUAUGUUAUAAGAACGAUCCGACGAUUGAAGAUUUAUCAGGCACGGUCUGUGGCGUGAUUAGUGAUUACAAAGGGCCGACGUGUGAUAGACUAUCAAUAGGAACAUGUCCAGAAGGAUAUUAUGGAAUUGAUUUUGAAAAAGAAGGGUGGCAUGCCUGCUUCAAAAAAUAG